UGCAGCUCUUUCAGUAGCAGUAGGAUUGCUAAGAUACAACCUCCUCCGAUCUCUUCUCCUUUAUCAGAAUAUAUGCGAAGAAAGGAAGAUGGAGGAAGCAUCAAUUUUCUCCAGGAAGUUAACUACUUUCAACACUUCUGACGCCAUAUUCAAUUCAUAACUGUGAACAAACUUUGAAUUUUAGUAAUGACUCUCAUUUCUGAAAAUUAUAAUCAUUUUUACGAUAAAUUUUCCAACACUACAUCUUCGGAACUGGAAUGCACACUAAGAGAAGUCAAUCGAUCAUUUUUUAAAGACCAACAUCAUUUCUGUAAUGCUACUUGGGACGGACUUUCCUGUUGGCCAGCUACAGCGGCUAAUGCUAUAAGUACUAUAUCUUGUUUCCCUGAACUAAAUGGAGUUUUAUACGAUACAACACAAAAUGCCAGUAGAGGUUGUUAUAGUAAUGGAACUUGGGAAGAAAAAUCCGACUAUUCUAGUUGCAUACCUCUCCUGAUAGAAGAAGGAAUUUUUCAGGGAUUGUGGGACGUGAAAGAGGCAUCCACUAUAUAUUUUGUAGGUUAUAGCAUCUCGCUUCUGGCUGUUAUUGUAGCUCUUGGGAUAUUUCUUCACUUUAAGAAUCUCAGAUGUCUUCGUAACGCCAUUCACACAAAUUUGAUGCUCACCUACUUACUGAUUGAUAUUACUUGGAUUAUAACAGCAACAAUACAAAGUAGCCAUUCCUAUGCUGCUAACGAGGUAACUUGUAUCCUCAUCUUAUUAUUAACUUAUUUAUUGGGAACAAACUUUUUCUGGAUGUUCGUAGAGGGUCUAUAUUUAUAUAUUCUAGCUGUGAAGACAUUUUCUAUAGAAGUAGUCAGGAUACACGUUUACGCAUUUAUAGGGUGGGGUCUACCAGGUUUGUUUGUGGCCAUAUGGGCCACUGUUAAAGCCUACGUUUCAGGAAAUAAUAACCCAGACAUGUUCAUUUUGGAAGAAUGUCCAUGGAGGAUGCGAGAUAAUUACGAAUAUAUCUUCGUUUGUCCCAUAAUUAUCGUUUUACUGGUGAAUGUCUUCUUUUUGGGACAAAUUAUGUGGGUUCUCAUCACUAAAUUAAGAUCUGCAACGUCUGCAGAGUCAAAACAGUACAGGAAGGCUGCUAAAGCACUAUUGGUGUUGAUACCCCUUCUUGGAGUCACCUAUAUUUUAGUAUUGGUUACACCUAGCCACAGAACAGCACGAGUUGUUUUCACUUAUAUACAAGCAGCUUUACUUUCAAGCCAGGGUUUCACUGUGGCAGUUCUUUAUUGUUUCUUGAAUGGAGAGGUGCAGAAAUCCCUUAGAUAUCUGUGGAAAAAGUGGACGACGGGACACUCUGCUAGAGCUGGCUCUCAACGAUAUUCUAUGACAUAUCGUUCUUCUCAUUACGGAAGCGAGAAUACGAAACUAUACAGAAAUCGUGCUAUACACAACAGGGAUAGCUGUAUCAGCUUCACUACAACUACAAGUGUCAGUAAUUGUCAAAGAUACCUACCAGAAAUUUGAAUAUCAUCUCGAUUCAUCCCAUUUUUCUCUGAAGAUAAUUGCUCACGUUUAUGAACAAAGUCCCUUUGUCAUCUGUAAUCUUUAUAAAUGUAAAUUAUGUCGUUGUAUUAAAGUAUU